UUUCACUUUCAACAGUAGAACUGAGUGUUCAGUAUCUUACUAAUUUUGGUAUCGUUUCGAUUUACUAUUAUAUUUUGACUAAAACUUUUGUAUUUUGUAUUUCUGUAUAUUAAAAUGACGGUGUUGAUCUCGGUGUUCACAUUUUCAAUUACUGUUCUUGCUGCUAUUAUUUUAAUGAAAAUUGUUCGAUGGUAUUUUUCUCGCACUCGACAGAUGCGUCUGUUGCAAGACCUUAACAUACCUGGUCCACGGCCGCAUUUCAUUUUCGGUCAUAUGAAAGAAUACAAUUCAACCCCGAAUGUAAUAUGGGACUCGGAAAUGAUCGACAAAUACGGGCCCAUUUGCGGCUAUUACAUUGGUGCUAAGCCAGUAAUACUCAUCGCAGACCCUAACCUCGCGAAUCAAAUCAGAAACUUCGAAGAAAGGCCAAGACGUGUUCCCGGUGGUAUUAAUCCUGAUCCGAUGCGGGCGAAAAUGUUGGGAAAUCUUUCAGUUGAAAAGUGGAAACGGCUGAGAGCAAUCCUGAGCAAGAGUUUCAGUUCUAACAUGAUCAAAAGCUUCACACCAACCGUAGCUAGAUGUGUUGAACAAGAAUUGAUGGAUGCGAUUCGAGCGCAGCACAGCGCCGAGGUCAACAUUUAUCCGUUGCUGCAGAAAUUUACGUUCGAAUUGAUUUCACAAACUGGAUUCGGAGUUCAUGCAAAUUUUAGUGGUAAUGGCAAUUUGAGAGCGGCUGUUGAUGAGGAAUUCUCUAAAAAUGCUUCAAAUUCAUGGCUGACGCAACUCUUCCUUUGCUUUCCUGACAUGACAAUUUUACAACGCAUUAGGAUAUGGCAUCAAUGGAUGAAAAUCAAAUUAGGGACAUCAAAGUCAACCGAAUUACGUAAUUUUUGCGAGUCGGUACAACAGGAGCGACGUAGCAGCGAAAGUCGUAGUCGUGAUAUUUUACAAGUUAUGUUGGACUCAGAAAUACAGGACGAUGAAGAGAAAGUUCUCGCAAAUUCCAUUUUAUUUUACGAAGCAGCUUACGAAACUCUCAGUGCUGGCUUAGCGUUCACAUUACAUCUUUUGACUAAUAACGAGCAGGCACAACGAAUGGUUCGUGAUGAAAUUCGAUGUCAUUUGCAGGAAAACGAGGGGCGAAUUUGUGCUGACAGCAUUUCUAAUUUGAAGUAUUUGGACCUCGUCAUCAAAGAGAGCCUCAGAAUGUAUCCACCGCAGACCACAUUUAUAAGCCGAUCAGGCGAACGUGAUUUCGAUUAUAAAUCUGAAGACGGACACAUUUAUACCAUCCCCAAAGGAGUGCACCUUCAAAUCGGUCUGUACCAAAUGCACCACUCAUCAAAAUUCUGGGACAACCCGGAAAUCUUUAGGCCGGAACGUCAUUUGGACGAACAAAAACACCCUGACUACGAUGUCGUGUUUCAACCGUUCGGAAAAGGAAAACGACGCUGCAUUGGCUACAGUUACGCUAAGUUCGUGAUGCCAUUCGUGUUGGCUACAAUUUUGUCCCAAUACAGCUUUUCCCGAUCGCCUAAGACAGAGGAGACGAUCGAAGUGCUGUUCAAAACAGCAACGAUGACACCAAAAAAUGGAUGCUUUGCUGAGAUCAAUUUCGAUCCGAUUGCAUUUUAAGUUCGUUUUGUGAAAUAAAACUCUUACCUCAACUUCCUGAAUGUCCUUCAAAC